AUGAUACUUGUGUUGAAACGGUGAUUACUGAUGGGUAUAAAUAAGCUGACGUAUUAUGAUGUGAUUGAUUUAUCAAAUUGGUUAUGAUAGACCUCUGAUUGAGAGGGCGCACAAAUGUAAGCCUGGGUUAAGGAACGUGAGAACACACUUUGAUAUUCAGUCUGCACAGCUCAGUAGUGAAUGAGUUAGAAAAGUUAAUUAUGGAAAAGAAUAAGAAAGGGGUGUGUGAAAAGUGGGAGUGGGGAUUUUGUUUUGUUGGCUUGGUGCUAGGGAGUUCUCUGGCUUCUCGAAUUGUCGAAACUAUUUAUCUUUUCAUUUCAGUUUUGUUCACCAUACUCAUCUGGACAUAGCAGUGAAUGUAAAUAGGGAAUUAUCCUGCUGAGUUGGUAAACAGAAACCAGAUAAUUCUCUAUCAAUUGUCCUCUGUUGUGUGCUUUUCUUUUGCUGUGUCAGGCUGAAAGUGCAGUAGCAUAAAUAACAAGCAGCGACGCCUUGAUGUUUUAAAAAAGAGCAUGCAUGACAGAUUCUCUACACUAUCUGUGAAAAGAUUGCAGAGGAGGUUGCUUUUGCAGUUUAUUGGAUACAAUUCUGCACUAAUUGGAGUAAAUAAGCAUCCUGUUUUUGCUGCACCAUUGCCUGAGAUGAAGGAACCUGAAGUAAUUCGGACAUUAAAGCUCGCCAAUGGAGUAAAAUUUCAAGAUAUUGUUGAAGGCAAAGGACCAGAAGCUAGAGAAGGGGAUUUGGUUGAAGUCAAUUAUGUAUGCCGGCGCUCAAAUGGAUAUUUUGUUCAUAGCACGGUGGAUCAAUUCAGCGGUGAAAGUGCUCCUGUCAUACUUCCAUUAGAUGAGAAUAAGAUAAUAAAGGGUCUUAAGGAGGUUUUGCUUGGCAUGAAGGUUGGAGGAAAAAGAAGAGCAUUGAUACCACCUUCUGUGGGAUAUGUUAAUGCGAACUUAAAUCCUAUCCCUGAGGAGUUUGGCCCCCGGCGCAGUCUUUUGUCCCAUGCAAAUGAGCCUCUUAUAUUCGAGGUGCAACUGCUGAAAGUACUAUAAUUCAAUUUACAUUCAUGCAUCCGAAUUUGUUGAUAAAGACUGAUUUCUUUGUAACAUUUGAUUAAAUUUAUCGUACUCUCCCCGAUCAAAUGAACAAUCUUGUUGGUUCUUACAUAAGAUUUGUAUUCAAGACAUAUUUUUAAGUAGUGGUGAUAGAGGUCAUAUGAAUUUAGUAA